AUGGCAUCGAUAAGCGAGAUCGAUACGAGGUGUCGUUUUAAUAACGCGCCGACACUGGGACCAACGAUCGAUGGCCGAAGCAGAGGGAUCGUUUUGGCGUGGGACGCCAGUGAAGAACUGUAGUAUUUUAAAUAGUAAUAAUACUUCGGUCAUAGGUUCCAAGAGAAUAUCUACUAAGAUAUUGAUUGAAAUAAUGGAUAAUAUUGAUAUAAAAAAAGGUGAUUGAAAACUUAGUUUGCAGAGACUAAGUAUAUUGGGACAUCGAAGCUUUCAUGAAGUGUCCAAUUUUAGAUCUUUGGUUUCCAGAUAGCUUGACCAGAUGA